AUGGAAAACAAUCCCUUCCAUGAAUUUGCAUAUGAGGGAAAGAGUGAAGUGGAGAAUCCAAAGAGGGUGUUUUUGUCUCCUUAUUUUCCGUAUAAGGGAAAUAGAAGGAACAAUUUUUAUGAUUCUUGUAGUUAUAGGAAGGCGUCGAAACAUUUUCGGGAUGUUGAAGAGUCUGAAGUGGACAAAUCCCAUGGUUCGUCAAAACAUUUUCGGGAAGUUGAAGAGUCUAAAGGGGGCGAGUCUUGUCCAUCAAGGAAGGUUUCAAAGUAUUUUCUAAAAGUUGAAGAUUCUAAAGCAGACGAUGCUUGUCGUUCUAGGAAGGUGUCGAAACAUUUACGGGAAGUUGAAGAUUCUAAAGCGGGUGAUUCUUGUCGGUCUAGGAAGGUGUUGAAACAUUUACGGGAAGUUGGAGAGUCUAAAGUGGGUGGUGAUUCUUGUCGUUCAAGGAAGGUGUCAAAGUAUUUUGUGAAAGUUGAAGAUUCUAAAGAGGACGAUUCUUGUCGUCCUAAGAAGGUGUCGAAACAUUUUCGGGAAGUUGAAGAGUCUAAAGUGUGUGAUUCUUGUCCUUCAAGGAAGGUGUCGAAGUAUUUUGUGAAAGUUGAAGAUUCUAUAGUGGACAAUUAUUGUCCUUCAAGGAAGGUGUCGAAGUAUUUUGUGAAAGUUGAAGAUUCUUUAGUGGACAAUUCUUGUCCUUCUAGGAAUAUGUUAGAGGAAGUUGAAGAAUCUAAAGCGAAUUAUCAAAAGAGAGUGUCUCCUUGUCCUUCUAGAAAGGUUAAGAACAAUUGUACGAAGAAGAGUGUGACAGGUUUCAGAAAGUGUGUUAAGAAGAGGAAAUGUGAAGGAACUGGAUUAACUGAAAAUUUGAAAGGCGAAGAUUCUUCUUGUUUGGCAAAGAUCUAUGAAUAUUUAACUAAAGUUGAAGAGAUUAUAAUUAAGGGUAGUUUAUUACUUCAAAAGGUCUCUGACUCCUCUAGAGGAGGGUAUAAAGCUGAAGAAAACUGUAUGAAGGAUAUUAGUGAUUUUUUAAAUCAAUAUGUAAACCGUGGUAGGAGUGUGUCGAUUCUAAGAAAGCGUAUUAAGAAGAGCGAAUCUGAAAAUUUAGAAGAGCGUGAUUCUGAAUAUAGAGCUAUAGUUAAAGAGGCUAAAGUUAAGUUUGAAUCGUUACUUGGAGUUAUAUCCAAGUCUUUUCAAGAGGGGCCUAAAGUUGAAGAGGGUUCGUCUCUUCCUCCUAAACUGAAAUCCAAAAGUCGUGGUAAAAAAACUCAACCUUUUCUUAAGGCUGAGAGAUAUAAGGAAGCUUACAAAAGAAAAACUCCGGAAAACAAUUGGCUGCCUCCGCGUUCUCAUUGGAAUCUCAUUCAAGAGGAUCAUUUUCAUGAUCCAUGGAGAGUGUUAGUUAUCUGUAUGCUACUAAACCGAACUACUGGCGCACAGACAAAAAAAGUUAUAGACGAGUUUUUCAAGUUAUGUCCGGACGCAGAGUCUUGUAUGCGAGUAUCAAGAGAGGAGAUACAAGAGGUAAUAAAGACAUUAGGUCUUCAAGGAAAAAGGUCGGCAAUGCUGCAACGCCUUUCUUGCGAAUACUUGUCUGAUAGUUGGACCCAUGUAACUGAACUGCAUAGUGUUGGCAAGUAUGCGGCAGAUGCUUAUGCUAUAUUUUGUACUGGAAAGUGGGAUCAAGUUGUGCCAAAUGAUCACAUGCUCAACAAAUAUUGGGAUUUCCUUCAUACAUUGCGUAUUUCACAAGACUGCUGCUGA